CACAGCUACUUCCGGUACCUGCUAACUUGCUAAUAGUAAACAGUGCACUUGCCAUCUUUAAGUACCUGAACCGUCCUUGAACUUUGAGUCAUAUUUCCCACUGAGAUGUGAGCACGGAAAAAAAAACACAUAGACGGCGACACACGGGCUGUUAAGUGAACGUUUGUGACUUUUUCGCCUCCUCUGCAAACUCUCUCCAGUCAUGGUGGGAUUUUUCCAAAGAGCGCUAAGGCUGAGGUCAGCUGUGAGACAUCUGUGCCCGUACAGCUCCCUCACGUCUACAAACAGACGUCCAUUUAACGCCUGCAGCUCAGGCCAGUUUGUGGCCUCCGCUCGCAAGCUGCACGCCGGCGCAGAUGUGCCCAAGUCAUCACCUGCUGCAGCCCCAGAGAGGCUGCCUUUCUCCAGAGUAACCGAGGAAGACUUGGCCUUUUUCAGGAAGAUCUUACCAAGCGGAACCAUCACAGACCCCGACCUGGUGGCGUCCAGUAAUGUGGACUGGCUUAAGUCUGUGAGAGGUUCCAGUGAAGUGUUGCUGAGACCUCAGACUACAGAAGAAGUAUCUCAGAUUCUUAGAUACUGCAACAGUCGAAAUUUAGCGGUGAACCCUCAAGGAGGCAACACCGGCCUGGUUGGCGGCAGCGUUCCGGUUUACGAUGAGAUCAUCCUCUCCACAUCUCUAAUGAACAACAUCCUCACCUUUGAUAACAUCUCUGGUAUUCUGACAUGUCAGGCCGGUUGUGUUUUGGAGAACUUGUCCCUCUACCUGGAGGAGAGAGACCACAUCAUGCCGCUGGAUCUCGGGGCAAAAGGCAGCUGCCAAAUUGGGGGGAACGUGGCUACAAAUGCGGGCGGGCUCCGGCUGCUGCGGUACGGCUCCUUGCGUGGGACUGUGCUGGGUCUUGAAGCGGUGUUGGCAGACGGACGGGUGCUGGAUUGCUUGGCCACCCUGCGUAAAGAUAACACAGGAUAUGACCUCAAACAGCUCUUCAUAGGGUCAGAAGGCACUUUGGGAGUCAUCACUGCGGUGUCCGUCCUUUGUCCACGAAAACCCACAUCUGUGAAUGUGGUCUUUCUGGGCUGUGAAAGCUUCGAGCAGCUUCUGAAGACUUUUCAGCUCUGCAAAGGCAUGCUGGGAGAGAUCCUGUCAGCCUUCGAGUUCCUCGACAGUGAAUGCAUGAGGCUGCUGAACACGCACCUCAAACUACCCAAUCCUAUCUCUGAAUGUCCGUUCUACAUCGUCAUUGAAACAUCUGGGUCCGACGUGGCUCACGACGAGCAGAAACUCCACAACUUCCUAGAGGAGGCGAUGACAUCUUUAUUGGUUACUGACGGGACCGUAGCGACGGAGGACUCAAAAAUAAAUGCUCUGUGGUCGAUGCGUGAACGAGUCACAGAGGCCCUGACUCAUGAUGGCUACGUCUACAAGUACGACAUCUCGCUUCCAGUGGAGCGGAUCUACCAGCUGGUGACAGAUAUGAGGGAACGUCUGGGGGACCGGGCCAAGAGCGUGGUGGGGUACGGACACGUAGGUGAUGGUAACCUCCACCUGAACAUCACCUCUCCCGCUAAGGACCCCGCUCUCCUGGCUGCCAUCGAGCCGUUCGUCUUCGAAUGGACGGCGAGCUGCAAGGGCAGCGUCAGCGCAGAGCACGGACUGGGCCUGAAGAAGAGGAACUACAUCUACUACAGUAAACCGAGCCAGGCCGUGACUCUGAUGGGUGACAUAAAGGCCAUGCUGGACCCCAAAGGCAUCCUCAACCCAUACAAGACUUUACCGGAUAAUCUGAAGUGACUGGGAGGUAACGUACCCUGGUUCUCAUGGCUUCGUUUUCACAAGCACGAAGCAUCACUGUGAGAAUGUUGACCGCAAAAAGCUGACGGUUUAAAUGUUGUCACGUCCUCUUCGACUGCUGCUGGUUCUGACUCAGUGGUUUUAGUCUGGUGCGGACGUGUUUCUGAGGAACAAGGUUUAAAGCUCUAAAAAUAAAAAAAGAUUUGUCAGUGUCACUGAAAGGAAGUGACAGUGAUUCUCUGGUUAGUGACGCCACUAGAGGGCAGACAGGGAACAGAGGCAGUAACGUGUGGAUAUAAUUUAAGGCUUUGUGCAUUUGUAUGAAGUGUAAUAAUGAUGUUCUAAGGCACAACAUGUUAAAUUUAAUGAGAAAGAAAGAUAAUGUCUGUAAAUAUUAUGUGUUGGAGUCAAAUCUGCAGCAUUGUAUGCUGAAAACUAACACCUACUAAUGUUUGUUAAAAAAAGUUUGGAAAGGAUGAAACUUUAUUUUGAAGGAUGUACUUGCACUGGUAUUGUGCUGACUGAAAGUUUACAACUUGCACAUCUUUUUGCAGUUUUCAUGACCUUGAAUGAAUGAAUCCCAUAAAACUGUCUGUGAAUGUGAAAUCCUCGUCUACAACAUAAAAAUCACAUCGUGUGCCGUCUAAUCAUUACUCAAGAGUGCAGUAAAUGUUUUAUUACAUAUAAAAAAGACAAAGCAACAUUUUUUUUUGUUCCAAAACAAAGCCAGCAUUUGUGAAUAAAUUCCUUUGUAGGCAAUUGUCGUUUUUUUUGUUUGUUUUAAAACUAAUCUUCAGUAAAACAGUUU